AUGUCGCACGGCAAAAGAAAAGAAAUCUAUAAAUACGAGGCGCCAUGGACUGUGUAUGCAAUGAAUUGGAGUGUCCGACCUGACAAGCGUUUCCGACUAGCGCUUGGCAGCUUUGUUGAAGAAUACAAUAAUAAGGUACAGUUAGUUGGUCUUGAAGAAGAGAGCUCCGAGUUUGUGUGUCGAAAUACAUUUGACCACCCAUAUCCUACAACCAAGAUCAUGUGGAUUCCUGAUACUAAGGGAGUUUAUCCAGACUUACUGGCCACCAGUGGGGACUACUUGCGCAUCUGGAGGGUGGGCGAUACAGACACACGACUGGAAUGUCUUCUCAACAACAAUAAAAACUCAGAUUUCUGUGCACCACUCACCUCCUUUGACUGGAAUGAGGUGGACCCAAAUUUGCUAGGUACCUCUAGCAUUGAUACCACCUGUACUAUCUGGGGACUGGAGACUGGUCAAGUACUGGGGAGGGUCAAUCUAGUGUCUGGCCACGUGAAAACACAACUCAUUGCUCAUGAUAAAGAGGUCUAUGACAUUGCAUUUAGCCGCGCAGGUGGCGGCCGAGAUAUGUUUGCAUCCGUGGGAGCUGAUGGUUCAGUUCGGAUGUUUGACCUUCGUCACUUGGAGCACAGCACCAUCAUCUACGAGGACCCACAACACCACCCAUUACUUCGUCUCUGCUGGAACAAACAGGACCCUAAUUACUUGGCCACCAUGGCCAUGGAUGGCAUGGAGGUUGUGAUUCUGGACGUCCGUGUCCCGUGUACUCCAGUGGCUCGAUUAAAUAAUCAUCGGGCGUGUGUGAAUGGCAUCGCCUGGGCCCCGCACUCUUCCUGCCAUAUCUGCACUGCAGCGGAUGACCACCAGGCCCUGAUAUGGGACAUCCAGCAGAUGCCACGAGCUAUUGAGGACCCCAUACUUGCCUACACAGCUGAGGGUGAGAUCAACAAUGUGCAGUGGGCCUCCACCCAACCGGACUGGAUCUCCAUCUGUUACAACAACUGUCUGGAGAUUCUGCGUGUCUAGGCCUGUAUUCAAGCAAUCAGCAUUUCUUCCUGACUGUAUACAGUGUGUCAUACUUGUCUUUCCUACAGCUCUCUUAUUUCUAUCCUGUUUGCCUUCUUCCUGCUCUCAUUACACUCUACUCACUACGUAAUCUCUCCAUGUUCUCUGCUAUUCUUCUGUUGGAGGACAAGCGU